CUGGUCAUAAAGAUUGAAACAUACAUAUCUGAUAUCUCCCCCAUCCCAUGGCAGAAGAAGUAAGAGGAUAGAGUCUCAUACUUGGCCGGAAAUCAUGGCAACGCUGCCUCGCUCCACUUCUUCUUCUUUUCUCUUCCAGCAAUUCAGAAUCAGAGCUGGAGGCAUCACAAUGGUUAAACCCAGCUUGUCCCUAAACUCGAAAACCAAGAAAGCAAAUCUCUCUGCAACAAAGAAUGAAAGAAUUAAGCUUCCUACAUAUAGUAACGGCAGCCAGGAAGCAUUUCAUAUUAGCAAGUUCCUUAGCCAUCCAUCCGGGAUUGAAGCCAUUUUGAACAAGAGAGCCUUGCAAAGCUUGCAAUCCCUAAAUUCUAACUUGUACAGAUGUACUCUUCCACAAAUUCAAUUUUUGAAUUUUGAGGUUGCCCCGGUCCUAAUUUUACAAGUAACAUCAUCUAGCGAAGAUUGCAGAGUUGAGAUGUUGUCUUGUAAGUUUGAAGGUUCAGAGGUUGUGGAACGCCAGAAUGAGCAUUUUUCAGCAUCCAUGAGGAAUUAUAUAACAUGGGAGACCAUUGAUUCUGAGCCAUUCUUAAACAUUGAUGUGAAGUUGGAUCUCUCUCUUGAGAUAUAUACCCAGCCAUUGACUUUGCUGCCAGUCUCUGCUGUUGAGCGUCCUGGAAAUAUAAUGAUGCAAGCUUUGGUGGAUAGGUUAGUACCGCUGCUUCUGCAACAACUGUUGCAUGACUAUGAUCAAUGGGUUCGCACCCAACACCUCCCAUGAAUUUAUUUGCAAAAUGUAAGGUUGUCGUUUUAAUUUCUCUCUCUCAACUCUCCUUAAUACUUAACUUUCAAUAAAUUAAUUAAUCAGUAUAGUUAUUUGAUAUGAUACAUAGUUGUUCAAUGUAGAUAGAUGAAUUACUUCUGAUGUUUUAUGUAGUGAAUAUGUAUAUUGAACAUCCAUGUUUCACAAUGUUAAUAUGUUUCACGAUA